AUGUUUUUUCUUCAUCUUUGCGUCUUUCCUAACCUUCCAUCUUUAUUUUUUUACUUCUUUUCGUUUUCUUUCUUUUUUAUUCUUUUCUUUCUUAUUCGUUCUUUCUUUUUUCUUUCUUUAUAUAUUUCUUUCUUUCUUUCUUUCGUUUUUGUUUCUUUUUCUUUUUUCUUCCUCUCUUUCUUAUUCGUUCUUUCUUUACUUUAUAUUUCUUUCUUUCAUUCUUUCUUUCAUUCUUUAUCUCGUUCGUCUUUGUUUUCUUUCUAUUUUCUUCCUCUCUUUCUUGUUCGUUUUUUUCUUUCUUUACUCUAUAUUUCUUUCUUUCGUUCUUUCUAUCUUUAUUUUCUUUCGUUUUUUCUUUCUUUUUUCUUCUUUUUCUAUUUCUUAUUCGUUCUUUCUUUUUUUUCUUUCUUUAUAUUUCUUUCUUUCGUUCGUUCCUUCUUUCUUUCGCUUUUGUUUUCUUUCUUUUUUCUUCCUUUAUUUCUUAUUCGCUCACCAUUAUCUAUCUAUCUAUCUAUCUAUCUAUCUAUCUAUCUAUCUAUCUAUCUAUCGAAAUCUCUCCAUUAUCUAUCUAUCUAUCUAUCUAUCUAUCUAUCUAUCUAUCUAUCUAUCUAUCGAAAGGUCUCCAUUAUCUAUCUAUCUAUCUAUCUAUCUAUCUAUCUAUCUAUCCAUCUAUUUAACAAAAGCCUCCAUUAUCAUAUCUAUCCAUCUAUCUAUCAAAAGCUAUCCAUCUAUCCAUCCAUCCAUCUAUCUAUCCAUCCAACAAAAGCUGUCCAUUAUCUAUCUAUCUAUCUAUCUAUCUAUCUAUCUAUCUAUCUAUCCAUCUAUCUAUCUAACAAAAGCUGUCCAUUAUCUAUCUAUCUAUCUAUCUAUCUAUCUAUCUAUCUAUCUAACAAAAGCUCUGUCCAUUAUCUAUCUAUCUAUCUAUCUAUCUAUCUAUCUAUCUAUCUAUCUAUCUAUCGAAAGCUCUCCAUUAUCUAUCUAUCUAUCUAUCUAUCUAUCUAUCUAUCUAUCUAUCUAUCUAUCUAUCGAAAGCUCUCUAUUAUCUAUCUAUCUAUCAUCUAUCUAUCUAUCUAUCUAUCUAUCGAUCUCAUCCAUCUAUCUAAAGCAUCUAUCUAUCUAUCUAUCUAUCUAUCUAUCUAUCUAUCUAUCUAUCUAUCCAAAGCUCUCCAUUAUCUAUCUAUCUAUCUAUCUAUCUAUCUAUCUAUCUAUCUAUCUAUCUAUCUAUCUAUCUAUCGAAAGCUCUCCAUUAUCUAUCUACCUAUCUAUCUAACAAAAGCUGUCCAUUAUCUAUCUAUCUAUCUAUCUAUCUAUCUAUCUAUCUAUCUAUUGAAAACUCUUCAUUGUCUAUUUAUCUCUCUAAUUCAAUUCAUAUCUAUCUAUCUAUCUAUCUAUCUAUCUAUCUAUCUAUCUAUCUAUCUAUCUAUCUAUCUAUCUCAACCUCUUCAUAUCUAUUUAUCUAUCUAUUUCUUCAUAUCUAUUUUAUUUUUAUUUUAUUUUAUUUUUUUGUCAUUUAUUUUUCCCUUCAUUGGAAAUUUAUCUCCAUCUGUGAGAGUCCAUGCGUGCGUAUGUAAAUUACCAUCACACUAUCUAUCUAUCUAUCUAUCUAUCUAUCUGUUGUGA